AUGAUCCAGUCAACCGCCAAAUGCUCCGCCACACAGGCCCUCUCGUUGUUUCGCUCUUCCCCUCCGCCUGUUUCGCUCUUCCCCUCCGCCCGUUUCGCUCUUCCCCUCCGCCCGUUUCUUUUUUCCGCUCAGGCGGCGCUGCUUGCGGGCGAGCCCGUUCUCAGAGGCGCCACGUCAGCACCGGCGUCUCUCUCGCCCGCCACGUGGCUGCCGCUAGGCCGGUCCGGACCCACUCCUGGAGCGCCACGUGUGGUCAGGACAGCGGGGUUUAGACCAGGAGCGGCGGUGGCGGCGGCAGCGGGAGGAAGGGCACGAGCAAGGGGGGGGACAGAGGUGAGACGAGGGGGGGUUGGGAGAGGGGUACGAUUGGAAGAGUUGAAGGGAAAGGGUGGGGAGAGAAGUGGGGGAGAGGGGUGGGGAAAGGUUCGGAGGGGUGAGAAGCACAGCGUGUCGUCCUCUGCCGUCCAGCAGCAGGUGCUGCUGGCGUCAGUGUCCCAGUCCACGUCAGCACCACCUCCCGUGCGACCAUCCCAGCCGGGCACGCCUCUCAUGUGGGUGGGCGUGGGCGUGGCUCUCUCGGCUCUUCGCCUCGUGGCCCAUCGCAUACUCUCUCCUCUCCUUUCUGUAGCUCCACACAACCUUCUUUCAGUUCUCCCUUUCCUCUUCUCCCUUUGUCCUGCCCCUCUCGCGUGUAACGCCAAUGGCGCUCUCCCCUCCCUCCAGGGCUCCAAGUUCGUCAUGCAGCGCAUGCAGGUGAGCAGCGGUGCAAACAGUCUCUUCCCCUACCUCUCGCUUCCCCAACCCCACCAGCAAGCCAUGAUGAAGCAGAUGCUCAGUGCCAUGCAAUCUGGAGGCGGCGGCCCGGGCGGCGCGGCCAAUCCGUUUGCGGCAGCUGGCAUGGGCGGCGGCGCCAACCCCAGUGGUAGAUGUGAUGGGGCAGCGCAGUUGGCAGGCGCCAAGCCACCUACCUACCAAUGCUGCUGCUCCUCCAUCCUCUCACGCUAUCCUACCUUCUCCCUUCCCCUCUCACCUACCUUCCCUCCCGUGUCAUGCGCAGCAGUGGUGGACGUGGCAGCACAAGUCUCAGACGCCAAGCCCGCAGCUGCCGCUGCUGCAGCACCCUCUUCUGCCACCACCAGCCCUUCCAGCAGCAGCAGCGCUUCUUCGUCGUCAGCAGCAUCCUCGGCUCCUGCAGAGGAGGCGGAGAGCAGCAGCAAGAAGAAGAGCUUCUUUCAAGAUGCUGAGCUGGUGGAGGAGCCAUCCGGGGGAGGCUUCUCCUGGGGGAACACGGGCAGUAGCACGGGCAGCAGCGGCAGCAAUGCAUCUAAUGCCACUUGGGAUACGUCCACCAACUCAUUUGCCAACGGAGGAGGUGGUGGUGAGUGCUCGUGCUCAGCGCAGCAAGCAAGGUAUCUGCCAGAGGAGAUGAGAGACCCGGCCACCUUCAAGUGCAUGAAGCAGAGCCCCAUGUACCACCAGCAGCAGCUAGCGAGCACGCAAAGCCUUACCUUCCACUGCCCCUUCCUUCCCCUCCCGUUUUCUUUUCCUCGUGCUGUCUCUCCCUGCCCCACGCCCAUGUGCCUAUGCAUGCGCUUAUCCCCCCCAGGGAUGAUGCAGAGCCCCAUGUACCGCCAGCAGCUAGAGAGCAUGCUCACUACCUCUCCUGUAUUUCCCUUGUCCAUCCCUCCUCUCUGCAAUUUUCUGCACUACCUCUUCACCCAUCUCGUCCAUUCGAUACAUCUCCUGUCCCUUCCCAUCACAUCCUUGCCCUUCUCAUCACAUCCUUUCCCUUCUCUUCCUCUCAUUUCAUCACAUAGUUUCCCUUCUCAUCCGCUUCCUCUCAUCGCGUCGUUUCCGUACCCAUCCUCUCCCUGCAGCGACAACAUGGGCGGCACGGGCUUUGAUGACAGAGUCCUGGACAUGAUGAAGAGCUUCGACCUCAACAGCCCCGAAGUGAAGGACCAGUUCUCCCAGCUGGGCAUGUCACCAGAGGACGUGGUGGGUAAGAUCAUGUCCAACCCGAAGCUCUCCUCAUGUGUCCCCCAGCUGGGCAUGUCACCAGAGGACGUGGUGGGUAAGAUCAUGUCCAACCCGAAGCUCGCAGCUGCCUUCCAGAACCCCCGCCUGCAGGCCGCCAUCCUCGAUGUGAGUCCUUUAGUCUUUGGACAUGAGAUGGCCUUUCAGGCGUCUCAAAUGUCACCACUUUAG